GCUGCAUAUGCGACGGAGCUGCUUCGUGUUUUGAACCGCGCAACGGAGACUGUAGUGCAGCCACAGGCCAGACAAGUAGGAAAAGGCGAACCAGUGCAUCCCGCCACUACUAUAAUGGUAUCGAUAACGCUGCUCUCGACCAUAGUACCCACAAUUUCCGACAUCUUCCGGUCAUCAUGGAACUAAGACUACGUUAUUUGAUCUGCGCAAUAUUCCGCCUACAAAUCAUCAUGUUCGCCACAUUCAUAAUCUGUCUUAUCUUGAGAGUGACCUUAUUCUGCCUAACUCGGUUUAUUAUUCCACCUGGCGUAUGGCUGUUUCCGAAUUUGUUUGCAGACUGUGGGUUCUUUGCAUCAUUCAGUCCCCUUUGGACUUGGAAUAAGCAAGUACGGCAUCAAGGGAAAGCGCGGUUGGAUGUCAGCAUAACAAGCUGCAGGAGUCACUUUACUUCUUCCGACCUGAUCGCUUAUCUCCUUUGCCUGACCAUUGUUCUCCUUGCCUUCAUUUCCGACUAUGUCAUAACGACCAAUCAAAAUACGGAUCUGUCAACAUUUGGAUGGGUUAAGCUUGCGUUCAGCCAAAUGUACCAAUAUCUUUCUUAUGGCUAUUUCGCUAUCGAUGGUCAGCAACUGGAUGUGUCGACGAUGGAAUGGAUCACGUCAAUUUGUGAAAGAAUGUGCCGCUGGCGCACUCUGUCGACUUUUGAUUUCAUAAAUCUUGGAUUAGACUUAUUCAUCCGACGGCCGAUUCGUGUUGGAUAACUCGGAGCUAUGAAGUACCACCAUACAGAAAUAGCAGUUGAGGUACAAGGUGACACCUCCAUCAUCAGGAGAAAACACCCAUGUCUUUCGUUAAUGCAGUGACAUUGUUAUAUAUCCAUUUCUCAUCAACAUUCUCGAUGCGGGUUUUCAUCGUC